UGCAAUCAUGGCGCACGGGGUACUGUGUUUGUAGAAUGCUGAGAAGUUUUUACGUAAACACUUCGUUUAUUUGCAUUUUAAUUGGUAAAUAAUUUUGUAUAAAUGGUCUUUAUUUAACGAGGAAUCUACAGAAGCAUACAUAUGUGUUCUAUGUUUGAAGUUUUCGCCUCUUCGCAAUAUCGUCUCUAUACCACUAGACACUUGCAGAUAACUUUGUUGGUGUCAUAAUGUCAGAGGCAUACGCUCGUGAAGUACUUCGAAGGAAUGUUGCGCAAAUAUGUCAAACCAUAGGAUGGAAUGGAAUAAAUUCAACCCCACUGGAUAUUUUAGUUCACGUAUUAGAAAAAUAUAUAUGUGCAUUGGGAACACAAGCUAACAAACAUGCUGAGCAAUUUAAUAGGACUGAACCAACCUUAGACGAUUUAGGAUUAGUUUUUCGUGAUCUUCAUGUACAGUUGCCAGAGUUGGCAGAAUAUACACGCUGUGUCCCACCUGUUCCACCUCCUGUCCGAACAGAAAGGUUUCCAAAACCUAAAGAAUCUAACCUGAACUUUCUCAAGCCUGGUAGCCAUGAAGUUGUUACUAGGCCAAUGCAUGUCCAUGAACAUUUGCCACCAAUGUACCCUGAAAAAGAGCGAGACACUCCAGCUGUUGCUGGUACUGUUGAGAUUUGUCAAAAUGGUUUUGAUGGUGUUGAAAAUACUUCAUGCACAAGUCCUGAAAUAUCAGUUACAGACAGUCCAGAAAAAUCUAAGGAUAUUUUCAAGAGACCUAAUGAUCCUGUGUCAUUACCCAAUAGUAAACGACCAAGGUUACGGCUAGAUGAGGAGGAAAGAACAAGAGAAAUAAGCAGUGUGAUGAUGACUAUGUCUGGCUUUUUAUCACCAGCCCGUGAAGGAAAACUUCCAGAAGCACGUCCUCCAACAAUCAUUUCUGAAAAACACCAUGAUAGACAUAAAGUUAAUUCUCACCAUACUAAUACUGCAAAAGUACCGUCAGCAGAAAAAUCAGAUAAGAAGACAAAGAAAAGUAAGUUAUUAAAUGGGAAAGUUAUGAAAAGUAAAAGAAAAGAUAAAAGUCAUAAAGGAGAAAGUAGUAAAUCUAGAGAUAAUAGUAAAUUAGAUAGGUAUCCACCUGGAUAUCCUCCUCAACGAAGUAAAGAUAUUCAUCCGGCCCAUCAUAAUCAUGUGACAAUGCCAGCGCCGAAGAUGUUACCACCGCCUCUAAAACCCUUACCGCUUCCACAAUCAGUACCAUCUUCACUAGCUAUUACUGAAUCCUUGAGACCAGUUAUUAAACAAGAACCAAUUGAUUUUCCUUCACCUCAACCUGUUUUAAAAAGCUUUACACCACCUGAGGAUGCAAUACCCGUACCAAGAAAAAUCCCCAUUUCCAAAUCCCCACUUGUCUCAAAUCCACUCUCUGUAAAUAAACAACCUGCAUCUUCUUUUAUACCAGAUAGAGAAAUUAAAAAGGAAGUGGUGGAUGAAGAAGAAAAAUUGGCAUCCCAGCCAGAUAGAUCAAAGAUUAAUAUAUUUAAAAGAAUAUCGAACAAAUCUAAAGAAGAUAAAAAUAUUACUGAAGUUGUAACUGAAAGAUUACAUUCUGAUCCUAUAAUCUCAAGAUUGCAGAAUUCCACUAAUGAUGAACUUAGGUUAAAACCUCAUGAAAACAUUGUUAAUAAUAACAAUAGCAGUCCAGUAGAUUUAGCAAAAGAAUUUGACAUAAGAGCCCAUGAAGUUAUAGAUAUUGAUGAUGAUUCUUUGGAUAACAAUUUAGCAAUGCCCCCAACAAGGAUGUUGCCGUUUGAGCCAAAGCCUGCUAUAUCAAUAAAUAAAUCUUUGCAAGCUGCUCUUCCUAAACUUUUGACUGAAACACCAAAAGUAAAAAAAGAAAAGAAACACAAAGAUAAGAAAGACAAGGCUGCCAAGUUAGAAGCUAAAUUAAAGAAACAACAACAACUAGCAUUUGAAAUGGUGCACACAGCAGAUAAAAAAAAUAUGAAACUACUAAAUGACAAACCAUCAAAACUCGGUCGACCAAAGAAAGAGUCUAAAGUGUCUCAAUUACCACCUGGAUUUCCCUUUUUUCCAACUAUGGCCCCUGGUCGAGGUAUGAUGCCUGGUCCAGGGCUAAUACCAAAUGCCGGUCUACUAGGUAAUGAUUUUUUAACUGGUUUAGCUAAUAAUCCAGCUUUGCGAGGCCUGCAUUCACAAAAUUUAAUGAACAAUCCAUUUGCGCUAGGUGGAGGGCCCGGAUUGAUACCAGGGCCAAGCUUUCUACCAGGGUUGCCUAAUCACCUUAUACCAAAUAUGGGCAAUUUUCCACAUACAUCAAGAUCAUCUUCAAGUAAGAUUCCUACAAUGUUUAGACGGCCAAGUUUAGAAGUUAUAGCUGUAGACAAUGAUGAAGAUAGAAUGAUGCAUAAGUCACCUGGAAUGGGCCAUGAAAAAGAUCGACAUGACAAGCACAAAUCAUCAACCAUUCCAAAUAUUUUACAAAAACAAAAAGCAAAGUCAAAUAAAGAACACAAAUCUAAUGUCUAUAAAAUGCCACCAGUGCAACCUGAUAUAACAAUAGAAUUAAAUCCUCCAAAGUCUGAACCAGUUAGACAAGAGCCGCCUAAAGAACUACCAGUCCCACAGCCAGUCAGGCUACCAACACCAGAACCUUCUGUAAGUAUAAAGAAUUCUGAGCCUGCACAAGAUAUUGAACCAAUUCCCCCAAAACCAGAAGAUGUAGCUGUCAUUUCUAAGGAAGAAGGUGAAAGUUCAGAAAAGAGAAAGGAUAAAUCUCAUAAAAAGGAAAAAAGAGAUAAAGAUGGUGUUAAAAUUAAGAAGAAAAAAGAUAAAAAGGAUAAAAGUAAAGAAAAAUCUGAAAAGAAAAAAGAUAAAGAAGAGAGACAAGAGAUCAAGGAUAGGAUUAAAAAAGAAAAGAAGGAGAAAAAGAAAGAAAAGUUAGCUACUAAUGAUGGUCUAGUACCAAAAUUAACGCUAAAGUUGGGAUCUUCAAAUUCAAACUCUCCUAUGCCUCCAAGUUCUCCUGAUACUUUUAAGUUAAACAUUAAACCUAUAAAAAGAGAAGAUGAUUCUCCUAUAAAAGACGAAUCAGUAUCGCGUGAACAUAGUAGAUCACCAGAACUUGCACAGAUCUCAGCACUGGUCACACGGCCACCAAAACAGAAAAAUUCUAAAAACAAUCAUGUUGGAGAACCAGAAGCUCAAGCAUCAUCUUCUCCUCCGGUUUCACCUCAACGAAAGAAUCGACCCCCAUCAAGUCAUUCGAAGUACAAGAGAAUAUUAUUUAAGCCUUUGUCUAAAAAGGGGCAUGUGGAAAAUUUUGAUGAUGAAACAGGUUCAGUUACAGAAGAAGCAUCACAACCAGCUCUAGAUAAACCCAGUGGACCCUUGCCUACUCCAUAUUAUGUAGAUGAACAUGGAAACAAAGUUUGGGUUUGCCCAGCGUGCGGCAGGCCCGAUAAUGGUUCGCCUAUGAUAGGGUGCGAUGGUUGUGAUGGCUGGUACCACUGGAUAUGCGUCGGGAUUACAGAAGAGCCCGGCGCAACGGAGGACUGGUUUUGUAAAUCUUGUCUUGCUAAGCGAACAGCAAUGUUACUAGCAGGGGUAACGUCGGGGAAGAAAAGAGGUAGGAAACCAAAAGGGGAAAAAGUCAGAGACUGUCAUUGAUAGAGUUGUUACUGAGAUUAGUUUUAAUUUUUUCGUUUUAUAGACGCGCGAAUGGAUUGCGAUUGUUAAUGGAUUAUUGUUGAAUGAUAUCAUGAAGAUACGUUUUUGUCAUUUAUAAUGUUAAUAAUAUCAUAGGCUAGGUCUUAAGAAUAGAUACUAAUUAAAUAUUGACAUAAAAUGUUGAACAUGAAUAAAGAAAAUAGUGUAGGUACUUGUAAUAAUUACCAUAAUUUUUGUUAAAUUUCUUUUAAUUCUUCGCUCGUUUAGAUCAAGUAUAAGAGUGCGGGCGUGUUGUACACAUACGCAGAUAACAUAGAAUAUUAAAUAUAAGAUUCUUUUUAUAUUGUACAAAAGCUGAAUUUACUUAAGAAAUUGGUGAUGUAUAAAGUAAUGUAGUGAAUAUUUAAAUGAACAGAAAGAAGGCUGAAUGCAUUUCGGUCAAUAUUUGAAUAUUUUCAUAUUAUAAUUUUAAUAUAACCCUGUUUUUUUUGUUAAUGUUGUUCCUUUGGAUCUAUGUACAGGGCUAGCACAAUAUCGCUACCCUCUCACUCUAUAGAACACUUCGGUGUUAUGUAUAGUUCACUAAAGAUGGCGUGACGGUGCUUGUCCUUAAUUCAUUGUAUGUGGAGGAGAGGUUAAAUGUAAAAAUUUUAAUUUCAGCCAGUGGCCAAUUAAAUAUAUUGGUAC